AUUUCACUCCUAAAGAUCAUCUCGACCAACUUUCAAUCCAUCUUCUGGUCGUAUUUCGUCACCUUACAGCACAUCGUUGUUGGAUGACGAUCCUUGGAGAAAGCAUAUAAGACCAUAGGCUCUUCCUGCCUAGCUACGUGGGUGCCUUGCUCGUUCGUCCUCUCAGAACCCGACGAGGCUCAGAUCCACCUCCACCAUUCGCCCAAAACUGCUUCAACGCAAACCCGGCCCAGCCAAUCACCUCAACGAAUCCUGUCCAAUCCAUCGCCACGGUCCAAGUAAGACUCGAAAGCCGAUCCUCGCCGAGUCAUCUGCCCCGUACGAUUCCACCUGCCCAGCGCGUUCCAGCACGACAACGACCCUGUCGACAGCGCGCCGAGUCUUGAACUCAGUCUUCAUUGUCCUUACUCUUGAUUCCCAUACGCUCCUCUGGCCAGCAUGGAUCCUCAGAACCCCCAGCAGUCCCAGCAGCAGCAAGCAAACCGGCCCGUCUACGAUACCAGCCACGGAGGACACUAUGGCGCGAGCGCAGCGCUUUCGGCACAGGGGUAUGCGCCGGCAGAGUUGUACACAGGACCUUGGGCCAAUGUCCACCAGGGACUGAACGGGCAGUACAAGGACAUCCUGACGACUUAUUGGCAACAGACCAUCAAUCACCUUGAGAGCGACAACCACGACUACAAGCUACACCAGCUUCCCCUGGCGCGCAUAAAGAAGGUGAUGAAGGCCGAUCCAGAGGUCAAAAUGAUCUCUGCAGAGGCGCCCAUACUCUUCGCCAAAGGAUGCGACAUCUUCAUCACCGAGCUUACCAUGCGCGCCUGGAUCCACGCUGAGGAGAACAAGCGUCGCACCCUGCAACGGAGCGACAUCGCGUCGGCGCUCGCCAAGUCGGAUAUGUUCGACUUCCUCAUCGACAUCGUGCCCCGCGAGGAGGCCUCAACCCACUCCAAGAGGCAGGCCGGCACCACCGCAGGCUCGUCGCAACAUGGCGUGCCCCAAGGCGUCCAGGGGCAGCCCGUUCAGGCCCCGAACCACCAGCACCCGAUGGGCGCGACCGACUACGGCUUGCCGGGACACGCCCUGGGCACUGAGGCUGACUACCGCCAGCCUGCCAUGUACGUCGGCCAGAACCCUGCCGGCCAGGCAGCGUAUGGCCAGGCGCAGGCGCCGAUGUACGGCGACAUGCCGGGCAUGUACGACUACAGCGCUAUGCAGCAGCAGCAAAGUGCUUGAGAAAGAUGCACGUGCCGGUUUCGUAUUCGGCCAGAAACAGAUCUCGUUCCCAGAGAGAACGACGACAACAGAACAUAUUCCGCCGGUCGCGAUGUUUGGUAUGGCGGAGCACACCCGUGGAAAUGGAUCGGGGUGGGGUGGGGUUUCGGCGCAUAGUGGUGGGACCGGGGAUGGACGGUUAUUCGUAUGAUACUCCCGAUAUCAUGAUUGUUCUUGCCGCGCGCCCGUUUACUUCUGAUAGCAAAUUGACCUUCCUUUGUCUUGGACGUC